UGUCAGUGAAAUUGGUAAUAGAGAUACUGAUGGAAGAGACCGGUAAUAUUGGUGCAGAUCAUAAUUGUUUAAACAACAAAGAAGUUAUUGGUCAUAAACAAGUCCUUGCAAUGAUCGGUGUUGAAACCCGAACCUUGACGGGUUGGACGGCGAGCCAAAGAUCAAUUGUCGCCCGCUGCAAUGCAAACAUCAAAUCCCUGAUACUCUUUUCGCCCGGAGAUGGGAAAUGUAAAGCUAGGUAG